GCUUUCAAGGCAAACAUUGCGAAGAUAACAUCGAUGACUGUCCUGGAAAUUUGUGUCAGAAUGGUGGCACUUGCGUCGACAGCAUCAACACCUACCGUUGCGUCUGUCCACCAAAUUUUACCGGAGAUCUCUGUGAGGAAGAUGUGGAUGAAUGCGCGAUGAGACCAUCCGUUUGUCAGAAUGGCGCUACUUGCACCAAUACGCACGGCAACUAUUCCUGCAUAUGUGUCAACGGUUGGGAAGGUAGAGAUUGCAGCGACAAUGUCGAUGAUUGCGUAGCUGCAGCCUGCUUCUAUGGCGCCACAUGCAUAGAUGGCGUCGGCUCGUUCUAUUGUCGUUGCACACCUGGCAAAACUGGUCUCCUCUGUCAUUUGGAUGAUGCUUGCACCUCGAAUCCUUGUCAUGCGGACGCUAUUUGCGACACUAGUCCUAUAAAUGGCUCCUACACUUGUUCCUGUGCAACUGGCUACAAAGGCGUGGAUUGUUCCGAGGACAUCGACGAAUGUGAUCAGGGUUCACCUUGCGAGCACAAUGGAAUUUGUGUGAAUACACCCGGCUCGUUUAUGUGUAAUUGCUCACAAGGCUUCACGGGUCCACGCUGUGAGACGAAUAUCAACGAGUGCGAAUCGCAUCCGUGUCAGAAUGAGGGUAGCUGCUUGGAUGACCCAGGCACCUUUCGUUGCGUUUGUAUGCCCGGCUUUACUGGCACACAGUGCGAAAUCGAUAUUGAUGAGUGUCAGUCGAACCCAUGCUUGAACGGCGGCACCUGUCACGAUAUGAUUAACGGUUUUAAAUGUUCGUGUGCGCUGGGGUUUGCGGGUACGCGUUGUCAAAUCAAUAUAGACGAUUGCCAGUCGCAGCCUUGUCGAAAUAAUGGCAUAUGUCACGACUCUAUAGCCGGUUAUACGUGUGAAUGUCCGCCUGGUUAUACGGGCACCUCCUGUGAGAUCAACAUCAACGAUUGUGACUCGAAUCCCUGUCAUCGCGGCAAAUGCAUCGAUGGUGACAACUCAUUCAAAUGUGUCUGCGAUCCUGGUUUCACCGGCUACCUCUGCCAGACGCAAAUCAACGAAUGUGAGUCGAAUCCGUGUCAGUUUGGUGGCCACUGCAUUGAUCGCGUCGGUUCUUACCUCUGCAAAUGUCUACCCGGUACUUCGGGCAAGAAUUGUGAAAUUAAUGUGAAUGAGUGUCACAGCAACCCGUGCAACAAUGGCGCCACGUGCAUUGACGGCAUCAACAAGUACACUUGCGAAUGCGUGCCUGGCUUUACGGGACUACAUUGCGAGAUCAACAUCAAUGAGUGCGCCUCCAAUCCAUGCGCCAACAACGGCGUCUGCAUGGACAUGGUGAAUGGUUAUAAAUGCGAAUGUCCGCGUGGUUUUUACGACGCACGCUGCCUGAGUGAUGUGGAUGAGUGCGCCUCGAAUCCAUGCAUCAAUGGCGGUCGUUGUGAGGAUGGUAUCAACGAGUUCAUUUGUCACUGCCCACCUGGCUAUGGUGGCAAACGGUGCGAGAUCGAUAUCGACGAGUGCAGUUCGAAUCCUUGCCAACACGGUGGCAUUUGCAUCGACCAACUGAACUCCUUUCAAUGCCAGUGCAUGCCCGGCUACACAGGCUACCGCUGCGAAACGAACAUUGACGAUUGCAUUAUGAAUCCCUGUGUGAAUGGCGGCUCCUGCAUUGAUUUGGUAAAUGGUUAUAAGUGUGUUUGUAAAGUACCGUUUACGGGCAGAGACUGUGAAUCGAAAAUGGAUCCGUGUUCAACCCAUCGUUGCCGCAAUGACGCGAAAUGCACGCCUUCGCCUAACUUCCUGGACUUUUCCUGCUCUUGCAAGCUCGGCUACACUGGCCGCUAUUGUGACGAAGAUAUCGACGAGUGUGCGCUGUCAUCGCCUUGCCGUAAUGGUGCGACCUGUCUCAAUGUACCCGGCACCUACAAAUGUCUAUGCGCGAAAGGCUACGAGGGACGUGAUUGCGCUAUCAACACCGACGAUUGCGCUUCGUUCCCAUGUCAGAAUGGUGGCACGUGUUUGGACGGCAUCGGCGACUAUACGUGCCUUUGCGUUGACGGAUUCGAUGGGAAACACUGCGAAACGGACAUCAACGAAUGCCUCAGCAUGCCUUGUCAGAAUGGUGCGACCUGUCGGCAGUAUGUCAACUCGUAUACAUGUACGUGUCAGCUUGGCUUUUCGGGCAUCAACUGUCAGACCAACGACGAAGACUGCACCGAAAGUUCCUGCAUGAAUGGCGGUACUUGCAUAGACGGUAUCAACAGCUACAACUGUUCUUGUCUGCCCAUUUACACCGGCUCCAAUUGUCAAUACAAGAUCAAUAAGUGCGACUCGCAGCCCUGCCAAAAUGGCGCCACGUGUCACGAAAGUGGCGAUGAGUACACGUGUCACUGUCCACACGGCUACACGGGAAAACAGUGCACGGAGUAUGUGGACUGGUGUUCGCAGUCGCCCUGCGAGAAUGGAGCCACUUGUUCACAGAUUAAGAACCAGUAUAAUUGCAAGUGUGCUGCCGGUUGGACAGGCAAGCUCUGCGAUGUGGAGAUGGUUUCUUGUGAAGUGGCUGCGAUGCGCAAACAAGUCGGUCUCAAACAACUCUGCAACAACGGCACCUGCAAGGAGAUGGGCAACAUGCAUUUGUGUCAAUGCAAGCAGGGCUAUACCGGCAGCUAUUGUCAGACGGAUAUCAAUGAGUGUGAGUCACAGCCUUGUCAGAAUGGCGGCACUUGUUUGGAUCGCGUGGGCGAAUAUAAGUGUAUGUGCCCGAAGGGGUUCCAGGGGCAGAACUGCGAAUUGAACAUAGACGAUUGCUCGCCGAACCCGUGCCAGAAUGGCGGCACAUGCCACGAUUUGGUGCAAUCCUUCAGCUGCUCAUGUCCACCUGGCACAUUGGGCAUAAUUUGCGAAAUCAACCAGGAGGAUUGCGUACCAGGCGCUUGUCACAACAACGGUACUUGCAUCGAUCGUGUGGGUGGCUUCGAGUGCGCCUGUCCAGCAGGUUUUGUGGGUUCACGUUGUGAGGGAGACAUCAAUGAAUGCCUGUCUAAUCCCUGCUCGAAUGCCGGCACUUUGGACUGCGUGCAACUGGUAAACAAUUACCAUUGCAACUGCAAGCCCGGCUACAUGGGACGACACUGCGAAAUUAAGGUAGACUUCUGCGCUAAUUCGCCAUGUCAAAAUGGCGGUCUUUGCUCUACGAAACAGUCUGGUCAUCAUUGCGUUUGUCCGGUUGGUUUCUACGGCAAAAAUUGUGAGUUCUCCGGUAACGACUGUGAUUCGAAUCCCUGCCAGUCGGGUAACUGCGUAGUGGAUAUGAUGCGCGGCUACCGCUGUGAGUGUCCGCCUGGCACCGAAGGCAUGCAAUGUGAAAUCGAUACGAUGGACGAAUGCGCUUCGAAUCCAUGCUUGCAUGGCGCUGCAUGCGAAAAUCUACUGGGUGACUAUGUCUGCUUCUGCCCCAGUAAAAGGCCGGGCAAACGAUGUGAGAUUUACGAUGCCAACUACCCCGGCUGGGCAUCGGACAACAGCCGUGGGCCGCUCAAUAAAUACACGAAGGAUCUGGAAUACCAACGCGAAAUGUGUAUCAAGCGCGGCUGCGAACAGAAGAAGGGCAAUCACAGGUGUGACCAGGACUGCAACACGUAUGCGUGCAACUUUGACGGCAACGACUGCUCAUUGGGCAUCAACCCUUGGGUGAAUUGCACUGCGAAUAUAGAGUGCUGGCGCGUGUUCAUGGAUGGCCAGUGCAAUGAGGAGUGCAACAAUGCUGCUUGUUUGUUCGAUGGUCGUGAUUGCGCCAAGAAACUACAACCAUGUAAUCCGACUUAUGAAGCCUACUGUCAGAAACAUUAUGCGGAUGGUCAUUGUGAUUAUGGCUGCAAUAAUGCUGAGUGCAACUGGGAUGGCUUAGACUGUGAAAAUACACUCGAGCAACCGAAUUUGGCUGAUGGCGCUAUAUCUGUGGUGAUGCUGAUGGACACCAAAACUUUCCGCGAAAAGCAGGUGGAAUUCUUACGUGAAAUGGGUCAUGUACUCCGCACUACGGUGCGCAUCAAGAAGGACUCCAUGGGCAAUGACAUGAUCUUCACCUGGAAAGGCACUUCGCAAUUGACUGAACUGCAAAACUCGGACUUCGGACGCAAGCACAGAAUACUAACCAGUGAGCGCAAUGAUCAAACGGGCAUACAAAUAUACCUGGAAAUCGAUAAUCGGAAGUGCAUCGACUGUUUCAAUCGCGCCGCCGAAGCUGCCGAGUUCCUGGCGGCUUCUGCAUCCAAAUACACGCUCUCGCCAAAGUUCAACAUCUACAGCGUGCGUGGCGUACAAAACCCCGGCGAAGAUGUAGAAGAACGUCCCAGCAACGUAAAAUACGUACUCAUCGGCAUCAGCAUUGUGGUAUUCGCAUUCCUCGGUGUACUUGUGACUACGCAACGUAAGCGCGCGCAUGGCAUCACGUGGUUCCCAGAAAAUUUCCGUACCACAACCGCUACACCGGUUAAUCAUCAGCGACGGCGACGUGACACUGGCCAGGAGAUGCGCAAUUUAAACAAGAAUCCUUCAAUUGCUUGCAUGAGCAACGAUGUCAACAUGAACUCCGGUCACAUGGGCCACGCACCGCAAUGGUCGGACGAUGAGUCCGAAUUGCCGCCACAGAAGCGCAUGCGCAACGAUCUCGGCGGGUACGCCAGUGAUCACACGAUGGUAACCGACUAUGAAGAAGCUGAUCCACGCGUUUGGUCGCAGGCGCACCUCGAAGUAGCCGAUGUGCGUUCGUCAAUUAUGACGCCGCCCGCGCACCAGGAUGGGAAACACGAUGUGGAUGUGCGCGGACCGUGCGGCAUGACACCACUCAUGGUAGCGGCUGUUCGCGGUGGAGGCAUGGAUACUGGCGAAGACAUUGAAAACACUGAGGAUCAAACGGCACAGGUGAUUUCGGAUUUGUUGGCGCAGGGUGCUGAACUUAACGCCACCAUGGACAAAACUGGCGAAACUUCACUGCACCUGGCAGCGCGUUAUGCGCGCGCUGAUGCUGCCAAACGUUUACUGGACGCUGGUGCCGACGCCAACUGUCAAGAUAACACCGGUCGUACACCACUGCAUGCCGCUGUGGCCGCCGAUGCAAUGGGCGUUUUCCAGAUACUGCUGCGAAACCGCGCUACCAAUUUGAAUGCGCGUAUGCAUGAUGGCACCACACCGCUAAUACUCGCCGCACGCCUAGCCAUUGAAGGAAUGGUUGAAGAUCUAAUAACUGCUGAUGCUGAUAUCAAUGCUGCCGACAACUCGGGUAAGACCGCGCUCCAUUGGGCAGCCGCUGUUAAUAAUACCGAAGCCGUGAAUAUACUACUCAUGCAUCAUGCCAAUCGUGACGCCCAGGACGACAAGGAUGAGACACCACUAUUUCUAGCAGCGCGCGAGGGCUCCUAUGAAGCGUGCAAAGCGCUGCUCGACAACUUUGCCAAUCGCGAAAUCACCGAUCACAUGGACCGUUUGCCACGCGAUGUGGCCUCCGAGCGCUUGCACCAUGACAUCGUGCGCCUGCUCGAUGAACAUGUGCCGCGCUCACCGCAAAUGAUGGCGCUGACGCCACAGACCAUGAUAGGCUCGCCACCACCUGGCAGCCAAGCACAGAUCAUCUCUCAGCCCACUGUUAUUUCAUCAUCAAAACAGACAGCACAAUCUGCGAAAUCAAAAGCGGCGAAAAAGGCAAAGCUAUUGGAGGGCAGCCCGGACAAUUUGCUCGACGGUGGCAGUCUGCGACGCAAACCGGGUUCAAAAAAGGGGGCAGGGGGCUCGGUGUCAAAAAAGGGCGGACAAAACGGCCUUACGGCAGCACAGCUGCUGAAUGGCUUGGGUGGUGGGCUGACAACGCACGGCCAGGGACUGGAGGGAGUGGACCAGCAGCAGCUGUUGGAUGCCGGUCUCAGUGCGGUGGACUCGCCACCACUGACGGGGCUAACAAGUCAGCCGAGCCCGUACGACACGUCGUCACUCUAUUCCAACGCGAUGGCGGCACCAACACACCACCACAACGAUCUGUUAGGCAACAGCAACGGCGCGAAACAACCACCCAGCUAUGAAGACUGCAUAAAGAAUGCGCAAACAAUGCAGAGCCUAGUGCAGCAACAGCAGCAAAAUAAUAUGGAUUUAAUCAAAAUGGAGAAUUACGUUUACUCGCGUGGUUCGCCCUUUCAUCAGGAAAUGAUCGGCCAGAAAGGCAACAAUCAGCAAAGCAUGAAUUCGCUUUGCGGCGGUGGAGGCGGAGGUGGCAAUCUCGGUCACAAUCUGCCCGGCAACAUGGCCGGUCAUGAGCAAGGGCUAAGUCCGCCCUAUUCCAAUCAAUCGCCACCGCAUUCCGUGCAGAGCAGCAUGGCGCUUUCGCCGCACGCUUAUUUGGGUUCACCAUCGCCCGUCAAAUCACAUCCCAGCCUACCCACCUCACCCACACACAUGCAGGCGCUGCGCCAUGCGACCCAUCAGAAACAAUUUGGUAGCAAUGUGAAUUCGCUGCUGGGUGGCGCUGCCAACAACAACAACAACAGCAACUCUACAAAUGGCCCACAGAGUAACGCGUCGAUGAAUUCGCCGCAGAGCAUGAGUUUUCAAUCGCCCAGCAGUCAGAGUUUGUCGCAACAGAGUUCACCGGUGAGUGUGGGCAUUGUAUCGCCGACGGGUAGUGAUGGCAUGAUGAUGGCGCCACAGCAAACCCAGCAGCAGCAACAGCAACAACAACAACAGCAGCAGCAGCAGCAACAACAACAGCAACAGCUGCAGCAACAACAACAACAGCAGCAGCAGCAGCAACAGAAUUCGAAAAGCAGUGCAAUAAUGCAAACAAUGCAACAACACCAACAACAGCUGGCGAGCCUCGAUUUCGCAUCGGCCGGCUUGGAUUUGAAUGGAUUUUGUGGAUCGCCAGAUUCCUUUCAUUCCGGCCAAAUGAAUCCACCCUCGAUACAGAGUACAAUGUCAGGUUCCUCGCCCGCCACCAAUAUGCUCUCGCCAUCCUCCCAACACAAUCAGGCCUUCUAUCAGUAUCUGACACCGACCAGUCAGCACUCUGGCGGCCAUACCCCCCAACAUCUGGUGCAAACGCUCGACAGCUAUCCCACACCAUCACCCGAAUCGCCGGGUCACUGGUCGAGUUCGUCGCCACGUUCCACAUCGGACUGGUCCGAGGGUGUACAAUCGCCGGCGGCCAAUAAUCUUUACAUGUCCGGUGGACAUCAGGCCAACAAGGGUUCAGAGGCGAUUUAUAUUUGACAAUAAGCACAGGUGGCAGUGGUAGAUUGUUGUGGUGAAGCUGCUGUGCAGGGACGUUCCGAACGCGUCAGCGUAAAUGUUGUGUUAUGUAAACAGUUAUAGUAUCUACAAAACUAUAUAUAUAAAUAUACAAAUGAAUAUUUUUACUAGCAAGUAGUUUGUACAAAAGAUCAAAAAAAAAAAAAAUACAAACCGAUAAGGAUCGAUUAUAAGCUCGUACGAGUGACGAAAGCGCGCGUGUAAAAUAUGAA